CGUGUUGCACAAGUCCAUGUCAUCUUCACACUGACAAGUCAUGCUGUGGCUGCCUUAUUUUGCACACCUGCCAAGGCAUCUACCCACUUUGCUUAUGUGGAGUGGUUCACGCCAUUCGGGCAACCCGAAGCAAACCAUGGUUUAUACAAAAUUUCCCGUGUCAUUCGUAAUGGAGAGUGUCUCACGAGCAUCAUCGAUAUCUCUGAUAUUCGCAGGAGUGUACACCUUAUUCCAAAAUUUGGCCCAGUUGUACCUCGUGAAUGGACGAGCAGUACCGUUCUGGAGCUUUGUUCUAGCUUCUUUGUAAACUCGUUCAGUGACAGGCAUGCUUAUCUCACUAUAAUCUGA